UGCCCGCCCGCCCCGCACUCCCGCGACGAUGCUGCCGCGGGUCGGUCGCUGCCGCCCGGCUCCGGCCGCCUGGCUCCGGCUGCUGCUGCUGGCGGCGGCGCUGGCGCGGCCGGCGCUGCCCGAGGUGCUGUUCCGCUGCCCGCCCUGCUCCGCCGAGCGCCUGGCCGCCUGCGCCCCGGCCGCCGCCUGCCCGGAGUUGGUGCGGGAGCCCGGCUGCGGCUGCUGCCCGGUCUGCGCCCGCCUGGAGAGCCAGUCGUGCGGGGUGUACACGCCGCGCUGCGCCGCCGGGCUGCGCUGCUACCCGCACCCCGGCGCCGAGCUGCCGCUGCAGGCGCUGGUGCAGGGCCAGGGCACCUGCGCCCGGAGACGGGACGCCGCCGAGUACGGGGCCAGCGCCGAGCCGGGCGCAGAAAAUGGUGAUGAUGAGCCUGAAGAAGUCCUCACGGGGAAUUAUGUGGAUGGCACCCCCGGUGUGGUGAGUGGAGGUGGCGGGAGAAAGCCCAUGAAGCCUGGCAUGAAGGAGCUUGCUGUUAUGCGAGAGAAAGUGAAUGAACAGCAGAGACAGAUGGGCAAAAUCGUCAAGCACCACCACAACCAUGAAGAGUUGAAGAAAUUACGGCCAUCGUCCAUGAGGACCCCCUGCCAGCAGGAAUUGGAUCAGGUCUUGGAACGUAUCUCCACCAUGCGUCUGCCAGAUGAGCGUGGCCCGUUGGAGCACCUCUACUCCCUGCACAUCCCCAACUGUGACAAGCGAGGCUUUUACAAUCUCAAACAGUGCAAGAUGUCUGUGAAUGGUCAGCGAGGAGAGUGCUGGUGUGUGAACCCCAUCACUGGGAAAGUGAUCCAGGGAGCGCCUACCAUCCGCGGAGACCCUGAGUGCCACCUCUUCUACACGGCCCAUGAACAGGAGGAGCAGGGAGCACAUGCCCUGCGCACGCAGUAGAUGGAUGUGUUCCUGCUCACUGGAGACAGCUCAGCCUGGCCCCGGUGCUGGAUUUUACAUGGGUUUCAGCAAGUCUAUUUAUGUCCUGGAAAAGACUGGCUUUGUGCAUUGCCUGUGGCCCUCUUCUCUUGCCUUCAGCCUGCUGGGGAAGGACCGGGGUGCAGGGUGGUUUGCAAGGGGGGAAGGAGCAGAAAUUGCUUUUCUUUGGUCUUUCGUGUAAAGUCAAUGAGAGACAAAGCUUUGUCUUCUGUCAGCUCUGCCCUAUGGCAGCGUACUAAGCAUCCACGUGCUUCCAGAGUCCCCCUCGGCCCACUUAGCCCCACCACUGCAAAGCGAUAGCAUAGUGCAAGGAAAACACAGCUUACGCGGGAGGCCCAGGUGAAAACCAAGCAGCCCUGUUGAAUGUAGAGUCCUGAGCUCCCCGGGUGUCUCCAAAGAGCCUAAGUGAUAAUGCUCAAAACAAGAUGAAUGAAAAUCUUUGCCCCCCCAAGACCAAAGAAUGUAAAUAAUACGCAUCACCUCCUGCUCAAGUCCCUGUCAACCUGUCCCUAUUGCCAAGCUGCUCUUUCGGUUUGUCAUGAAGCGGGUUGUGGUGGUGGGGUAGGAAAGGAGGGGAAUUCCCAGCUGGAUCACGCCAGUGUGCAGCUCCCAUCCCCCUCCUCCAGGGAGGCAAUGGAGAGAGAAAGGAAUUGAGACUGUACAGCCAGCCCCAUGCAUUGCACUUGAGGCAACCUCCCCAGAGAUGCUGAGCACUUUCAGUUCUCAUAGACUUCCCUGAGAGUGGAUAGUUCUCAGUAUCUCUAUAACCUAAAUCUUAACAAUCCAGUCCCGCAAUCUCCUGGGCAAUCUCACUCUUGUGGAUAGGAGCCUUACUGAUAAGGUGGUAAUUAAGGGCCUGAUCCUGAGAGACGCUGACCACCUGCAAUUUAAUUUAAUUGCAGGUGCUCAGUAUUUCACAGGAUCGGGCCCUACAUUUUUUUAAUGGAAGGAGCAAGAAUUAAAUUGCAGAGAGAGGAGGGCUCUUGCAGAUUUAGGGUAACAAUCCAGGGAGUGUCUGUCUGUCUGUCUCUCUCCCCCUCUUUUUCUAAAUAGCAAAAACCCAUCUAAAACCCACACUUCCAAGUGGCUGCCAACGUCCCUCAUAUGUUGCCGGGGGCAUCAGCCAUUCAGCACACACCUUUUGUAAGUAAAGUGCAGUAUAUAGAGAGAGUGCUUUGGAAAGCCCCGCCACACUCCCUUCCCUGCGUGCGCACGCACACGCUCACACUCUGUGUCUGUCUCUCUCUCUGUCUCUCUCAUAGAUUUAAUAAACACAAUUCCAGGAACUGUUGGUGAUGUUGUACUGGAAGAUCAGUUCCCAGGAACAGAUGAUGUCUCUCUACCGUUACUUUACACAUUGAUUUGUUUCUGUAUGAAACACACACAAGCUGAGAAUAAGCCAUGAGAUUUUCUUUUCAUACCUGUGACAUUUGCAGGACAAUUACUAGGUCCUUACACUUAGAGUAAUCGUUGGAUUUUAAAAAAAAUAUAUUCAAAGAGGAAGAUCAGACAUCUCCACCGCUUCCUUGUGUCGAACUCCUCUGAGUAACUUGUACAGCAGCUCGCAUGUGGAAGUUGGUUCAUUUCUAAGGUGGUGAUUAGUUGAAAGGAAAGGAAUGGGAUUUAAAAGAUAGGACAAAGCACGUGGACUGCCCAUGGGGAGUUUGGAGCCAACAAUGGCUCUGCCGGACAGGCAUGCUGAAGAUGGACAAGUGCUUUGGAAGAGCUUUCAGGUGGCAGAAUGUCUGCUCAUGGGGAAACGUGCAGCAGCUCAAUGGGGAAGCAGCCUAAGGUGUAAAAGAGCCACCAUCCACUGAUGCAUCUGAGUCAUUUUGAGGAGCUGCUGCGUUAUCUUGUGUGCAUCAUGUGCUGCCCAUAGAAGUGGGAGAGGGGUUAAAGCUGCACAAAAUUGUGACCAGCUGAAAUGAAAGGAGGGCGUGUGAACUGACCUUCACUGUGCCGAACCAUGUAACACACCUCUGGGCUUAGGCUUUCUGUCCACUUCCUUGCUGUAUAGUAGUUGAACUGAAACUGUACUUGGUAAAUCCAAGAACACCAUCCUGGGGUAGGAAGUGAGACCAGGCUUAACAUUUGUUCUUUUGCUCUGUGAAUAUUUGCUGCUCCAUUUAAUGUACUUUCUUGUGAUCUAGUUUGUAGUUAGUUACCAGUGCCUUCAGUUGGUAAAUAUCACCUGCACUUGAGCACACACACACACAAAGAUGAUCUUAGUUACCAAUAACAACUGCAGACUCUUCUUAAAUGCAGAUGCUGAGCUGUAACGGACAAAAGAAGCAUCAAGGGGGAGGGCGAAAUCACACCCAGGUUUAGCGUUGUUAAUAUGAACAGAAAAAAAAUUCUGGAAGGGAUCAAAAUGUCACAUGGAAACAGCAUGGGCGCUGCUCUCUGAAAUUAACCCCCCAGCUCACCCAUCUGUGAGAUGAAGUGUGAAGGAGAUUAAAAAGGGUGGGGUAGGAGUCAUCUCUUGUGUAUGGUGUGUGUGUGUGUGUGUGUGCACUCGCGCAAAACCUAGUCAUUGUAAAAAUCGGUGCUACCUGAUUUCUGUUAACAUCAAAGGGGAGGUGGUUCUGCUUUUCACAUAAACCUCGGGAGCAUCUGAUCUCGUCUGCAGUUUGUACCUUUUGGUUUGUUUAGAAAUCAUGAUGCUUUUUUCUUUCUCUUUUGGAAAAGCUGAACUGCGUAAAGUUGGAAUAAAUUAAAUGGGAUGCCAGAAAA